AACCACGCCACGCCUGCAGGCAGUGUCUCCGCAGCCCCUCGGCCGGGUCCGGGAGGACGCCGAUUGUGCGCGCCAGCCAGUAGCCAGGCGCCAUCGCCGGGGACUCGCCCCCGGCCCAGGGUCCUCCCGCACCGAAGCGGAGCGUGAUGUGAAGAUUGGACCGGGAGGGGCACAGAAGGCGGGAGAGGAGGACCAGACAGACACUCGGGUGGACGGGCCAGGGAGGGCAGGUCCCGUGGGGGCGGAGCCCACCGAGUCCCAGCCCGCCGCGCCCCUCCGCCGGCGGCCUGCCCCCACCGCGGCCGGAGGAGGACGGCCAUGGCCAGCCCCGAGGAGCCUCUCGUUCCCCGCCCCCAGGCUCCCUCGCCAGCGGCUGGGGACCAGCGGGGCUCUGGCCCCGGUAAACUCCGCCCGGAACCCCUGAGCGGCGCGGCCCGAGGGGGGAGCGCGGCGGGCCCGGCCCCGGCCCCGGCCCCGGAGUGGCCUGGCUGCGGCCGGGACCAGCGCGCCGCGCCCCUGCGCCCGCCCCCCUCCUCCGCAGGCCGCACCAACCCCGCGGGGGGCCUCGGCGCCCUUUCCGCGCGCGGCGGCUGCGGUUGGGUAGCGGCCCGCGCUCCCUUCGCGCUCGCCCUCUCCUCCCCGGUCCCCUCCUCCACUCCAUCUUCCUUCUACUUCUGGCCGCCGCCCCCCCCACCCCCGCCCGCUUUUCUCCCCUCCUCAUCUGCUUUCCACCUCCCCGCGCGUCUCCCAGGAAGGGAGGGCGCAGCGGCGGCGACGGCCGCUGGAGGAGGCGGCGGCGAUGCGGGCGGCGGAGGAGGACAAGAGGCAGCUCCCUUGAGCGUCCCCACCAGCAGUAGUUACCGCGGCGGCGGUGCCAGCGGCGGCGGGCGGCGGCGGCUCUUCUUCUCGCUCGCGCUCCAGGGCUUGCUGCUCCCAGCCCGCGCCGGGCCCCGACCGCCGCCGCCGCCCCGGCUCCCCAUCGGCCCGGCUGGCCGCUGCGCGGGCUCCCUAGGCUUCCCGGGCGCCGGCGGGGGCUGCCCCGGCCCCGGCCCAGGCGGCGGCGGAUCAACUCCGCGGCGCCCCCAAGGCGCCGGUUUUGCCUUCGCCGCGGCGUCCCCGCUGCUUUUCGGCUCCGACAUGGAAGAUGGACCUUCUAAUAAUGCGAGCUGCUUCCGAAGGCUGACCGAGUGUUUCCUGAGCCCCAGUUUGACAGAUGAAAAAGUGAAGGCAUAUCUUUCUCUUCACCCCCAGGUAUUAGAUGAAUUUGUAUCUGAAAGCGUUAGUGCAGAGACUGUAGAAAAAUGGCUGAAGAGGAAAAACAACAAAUCGGAAGAUGAAUCAGCUCCUAAGGAAGUCAGCAGGUACCAAGAUACAAAUAUGCAGGGAGUUGUGUAUGAACUAAACAGCUACAUAGAACAACGGCUGGACACAGGAGGAGACAACCACCUACUUCUUUAUGAACUGAGUAGCAUCAUUAAAAUAGCCACAAAUGCUGACGGAUUUGCACUGUACUUCCUUGGAGAAUGCAAUAAUAGCUUAUGCAUCUUCACACCGCCUGGAGUAAAGGAAGGGAAGCCCCGACUCAUCCCUGCCGGGCCCAUCACCCAGGGCACCACUGUCUCUGCCUAUGUGGCCAAGUCCAGGAAAUCUCUGCUCGUGGAGGACAUCCUUGGGGAUGAACGAUUUCCAAGAGGUACUGGACUAGAAUCGGGGACUCGCAUCCAGUCUGUCCUCUGCUUACCGAUUGUCACUGCCAUUGGUGACUUGAUUGGCAUUCUCGAGCUGUAUCGGCACUGGGGCAAAGACGCCUUCUGCCUCAGUCACCAGGAGGUUGCGACAGCAAAUCUUGCCUGGGCUUCAGUAGCAAUACAUCAGGUGCAGGUAUGCAGAGGCCUUGCCAAACAGACAGAAUUGAAUGACUUUCUACUGGAUGUAUCAAAAACAUAUUUUGAUAACAUAGUCGCAAUAGAUUCUCUACUUGAACACAUAAUGAUAUAUGCAAAAAACCUGGUGAAUGCCGACCGUUGUGCACUUUUCCAGGUAGACCACAAGAACAAGGAGUUAUAUUCAGACCUUUUUGAUAUUGGAGAGGAAAAGGAAGGGAAGCCUGUCUUCAAGAAAACCAAAGAGAUAAGAUUUUCAAUUGAGAAAGGAAUUGCUGGUCAAGUGGCAAGAACAGGAGAAGUCCUGAACAUUCCGGAUGCCUACGCAGACCCGCGCUUCAACAGGGAAGUGGACUUGUACACGGGCUACACCACCCGGAACAUCCUCUGUAUGCCCAUCGUGAGCCGCGGCAGCGUGAUUGGUGUGGUGCAGAUGGUGAACAAGGUCACCGGCAGCGCCUUCUCCAAAACCGACGAGAACAACUUCAAAAUGUUUGCUGUCUUCUGUGCUUUAGCCUUACACUGUGCUAACAUGUAUCAUAGGAUUCGUCACUCAGAGUGCAUUUACCGAGUAACCAUGGAAAAGCUGUCCUAUCACAGCAUCUGCACUGCAGAGGAGUGGCAAGGCCUCACGCGGUUCACCCUCCCCCCACGUCUCUGCAAAGAAAUUGAACUAUUCCACUUUGACAUCGGUCCUUUUGAAAACAUGUGGCCUGGAAUUUUCGUCUAUAUGGUUCAUCGGUCCUGUGGGACAUCCUGCUUUGAGCUUGAGAAGUUGUGUCGCUUUAUUAUGUCUGUGAAGAAGAACUACCGCCGAGUCCCGUACCACAACUGGAAGCACGCGGUCACGGUGGCACACUGCAUGUACGCCAUCCUGCAGAGCACCCACGAGCUGUUCUCAGACCUGGAGCGCAAAGGACUGCUGAUUGCAUGUCUGUGUCAUGACCUGGACCACAGGGGCUUCAGUAAUAGCUACCUGCAGAAGUUCGACCACCCUCUGGCAGCCCUCUACUCCACCUCCACCAUGGAGCAGCACCACUUCUCCCAGACUGUGUCCAUCCUGCAGUUGGAGGGACACAACAUCUUCUCCACCCUGAGCUCCAGUGAGUACGAACAGGUGCUCGAGAUCAUCCGCAAAGCCAUCAUCGCCACAGACCUGGCGCUGUACUUCGGAAACAGGAAGCAGCUGGAGGAGAUGUACCAGUCCGGGCUGCUAAACCUUAAUAAUCAGUCGCAUAGAGACCGUGUUAUCGGUUUGAUGAUGACUGCCUGUGAUCUAUGUUCUGUGACAAAACUGUGGCCAGUUACAAAAUUGACGGCAAAUGAUAUAUAUGCAGAAUUCUGGGCUGAGGGUGAUGAAAUGAAGAAGUUGGGAAUACAACCUAUUCCUAUGAUGGACAGAGACAAGAGGGAUGAAGUCCCACAAGGCCAGCUUGGAUUCUACAAUGCUGUAGCCAUUCCCUGCUACACCACCCUGACCCAGAUCCUCCCUCCUACGGAGCCCCUCCUCAAAGCAUGCAGGGAUAACCUCCAGCAGUGGGAGAAGGUGAUCCGAGGGGAGGAGAGUGCCAUGUGGAUCUCAGCCCCGCCUGUGGCCCCGGGGGCCUCCGAGAAGCCGCCUGGGAAGAGUGACCACUGACCCCUCUGAGGAGCUCUCCCGCCUAAGCAUUCUCAUCUUGCUUCUGUGACCUUUUCCCUUUUAUUUUUGUGGGGGACCUACGCCUGUAACGGGGGUGCAAACCUCUCCAAGAAAGUAACGUCAAGGUGAGGUGCCAGGCAGAUGCCCUCCUGCCAGAGCCAUCUGUGAGGCAUCUCGGGCAGCAGCCGCCAGGACCGCCCGUGUUGAGAGCUCAGCCAGCCGAGAGACUCAUUUGACUUGAGAACUGGCCUUUUCUAAUAGGCUAAUAUUGCUGAGGCCUUAAUGGAAAUGGACAAAAAUUACUCAGAAGGGGUACUUUUCCAUUGUAACUUUCCAGUGAGGGUUUAAAAUGGUACUAUGACGGUAUUGUACUUGGGCUUGAACACCAGUGUCACUUUGAUGUUGUUGGUUUUAAAUAGGAAUUUUUACACGUUAAUAUUGUGAGCGUUCAUGUGUGAACUGUAAUGCUUGUCAUUAAUCUGAGUCGCAGUCCCCAGCCUCAGGGCAGGUAUCAUUGCGAUCACAGUGUCAGAAGUGGUAGAGAAGUCAAAUUUAAUUUCAAAUCUUCAAGAAUUUAGUUAAGGGACUAAAGUGUAUUCUUUCAGUUUAUAUUAAAGGGCUUAGAUGAUUACAUUGAAUAUUAAAGGGAGUAGGCUGUCCUUUUGAGAAGAAAUGUAGGCAUACAUCGCAGUGAAUCUCAGAACUUCAAGUAUCAAUUCAAAAAAUGUCAAAUGAUUAAAAUUUAUUUUCCUCAUUGUCAUUUUGGAAAAUUUACGAAACCCUUUGCUUAACAAACAAAAUAAAAGCAAGGCAUUGCGAUUUUUUUUAAAUGGACAAGUCUUAUGGAUAUAAAAUGUGAAUUUUUAAUAAUGAUUCCUUUAUAUUUUCACUCUGUCAUUGCAAAAUUUUAGACUCAUAUUCAAAAUGAAAAGUUUUCUCUAAAAAUUAUUUAAUUAAAUCCCACACAUUUCUUUUUUAAAAAAUGAGAUUAAAUCAUAAAAUGUAAGUCUUUUGUAUUUUAUUUUGAUCUACCCCCUUCUCUCCCGUUUAUCUCCGUCCUUAUGUGACCUGAUCAUAUUUCAACAGCUUUCUAUUCACGGAGUGAAAGUUGAGGAAGGAAGUAGCACAGUCACAUUACACCUGUAACUUCUGUCUUCUUUACUCUUCUCGCAGAUCAAAUAUCUACAGAGAAACCUGUGGUUUGGGUGGUUUAUUCUGUGUGACUUCUUGGUUGACUAAUAUUUCCAUAUAAUGUAAAUAUUUUUAAAAAUAUAAAGGUAACACUGUGGACCCCUUCCUACAAAGAUGACACGGCAAUCACUACUGGUGCACGUUAAUACUUUAAAGAUUUGGGCACAGUGGACAGUAACCUCCGACCCGAGGUUCCUUCUAAGCUGAAAGAAGUAGACAGAGUCUCAGGUCCGGCCGGUCCAGGACGAGUGGUUCGUUCACUGUUCACAUGGAAGAACACUGGAAUAUUACCUUUAAGGAAAUAAAUUUUUUAAAUAUGCUUCUACGUAUUUAAUACUACAUACAUUAUUGUUUAUAUGAGCUUGGUUUUGCAGAAUUAAAUCAGAGGCUUCUACAACAUUGUUUAUUUAUGUUGUAGCAGAGUUAGCUAUACAUAAACAUUGUUCUUAUGUUAAAAUUAACACUAUGUGUUCAAUUUCCUUACGGGCUUCGGAGAGUUGCCAUCUUCCUUACAUGGAGUUGCAUUUGCUAUUUUAAUUAUACAACCUGAGGUAAAAAUGUAAUAACUAAAGGGAGAUGAAUCUCACUGUGGCUAGACGUACACACAGCUACACAUGCACAUGGAUGGACGUCGUGUACGCAGACACACGGAGAUGUGCGUCUACACCCUCGUGCGCAGAUGCGGGCGCACACACGCGUGUGGGAUAUACACGCAUGACGUACACAUGAGACAGGAGAGAAAGGCCAGCAAACACGCAUGAAAAACAAAUAUCAACACCAGUCUUCAAAAAUGGGGAUUUUUUUGUGUGUGUGUGUUAGGAGAUAUAUAUUACUUGAUGCCGAGCUAACUAGAAAGUGUCUUUUUGUUGCUGUAUUAAUUGAAUUAAACUCUACAACACUGCACAUUUUUCUGCAUACACGUUUAUGAAACCAGAUUCCACCAGAUAUAACUUUAAUUACAAAACUCAAUCUAGUCAUCUGAUUUAACUUGGAGACUAAAUUGCAGGAGGGAGUACAUCCUGCCAGAUUAUUAUUUAAUUAAAAGGAUUUUAAAGGAAUCCAGAAAUUCUGCUUGAAAAUACAGAAAAACAAUCAUGGAGGCAGGAGUCUCAUGGCUAUUUUUGAAUUUUUAAAGUUGCUUUUUCAGAUAAGAUCAUUACAGAAAAUUCUCUAAUUUCUUACAGUCGCGUGUUAUAUUGUGUGACCUCUACUUUGAACAGUUUCCCAAAGGAAUGUAUGGAUUUAAUGAUUAGUUGAUUUCUUGUGAAAAGUUGUCAUAAGAGAAGCACAGUAUGAAGGAAAGAUGGAAUUCUAAUGUAACCUGUUAAUAUCCCUUUUGCUGCGUGUGAGAUAUUCUUAGUAAUCAGAUUAACCUAAAAUGAAAGGGUCCGGGUUACAAUGAGACUUAGUUAAUGCUUUGCUUUAGAAACUAUGUAGUCAAGAGUGUUUUUGUACUUGGCAGAUAAAUUUAGCUACCUUUUUAGUUGUUCCUUAUCUUUUCCCCAGAACUUUUCUUCAAAGGACAAUGUAAUACCACAAGGUAUUAGGCAGAUGGAUUUUAUGGUGAAUUUCUCAUUAAGGUGAUAUUUUAUCGUGGGCCAAAUUUUCUCUGUCCUGUAUACAUUUGGUAACCAUCUAUGAGUAUAUGUAGAAUGUUCAAUUUGCAGAGAUUUAUAUUGAUUAUGACGAUUCAUAAAAAAUAAGUUUUAUGGUCACCUGCAAUUAUUCCAUUAUCCUUCCAGACAUAAUGAAUAUAUAUUUUUAGCUAGAAAUGUUCUUGGAAAUGUAAAAUGCAUGUCAAGAACUCCAAAUUCUAAACUCAGGCAAGGUAAUAAAAUCCUAAAAUGUAAUUAUCUCAUUACUUAGCAGAUGACUAUGGAUUAAUUAAUCAAUGAGAGCCACUUUAAAUGCAGUAAAUGUAGAGGCUGAUUCUCAAAUAUGAUCUAAUUCCUAGGGCAGGGACUGGGAUCCAUUUCUCAGCUCCACUUAUGUCAGAGAAGCAUAUGAGAAACCAGUCUUGCAAAAGAGAUCAACUUUGAAACGUUAGACGCCAUUUCCCUGGUGCCUGCUGCUCUUCAGCUGACCAGGGCCGUACAGGCGUCACAGUGGUAUUCCAAGAGGCGCCUUCUCAGAGCAGCAAAAGCAGGAUGAAUUUGAACCUAGAGCUGUCCAGUGUAGGUUUCCUCUUCUUAGCAUGCUUUUAAGAUUUUUUUUUGGUUUUCAUUUUGAGCAGCAACCUCAGUGAAUGUUGCUUCAUCAAUAUGUUCAUGUACACACUAGAUAUGUUUGUACAGAAUAUAAUUAGACACAUAAAUCCUUAGAUAGAUGGAUUUUUAAAUAGGUUUAGAUUUUGAUAUUGUGUUUCUGCUCUUUUAACUCAAAAUUAAGGUUUGAGCUUUAAUAGAACUAAAUUACUCACCAUGCCUUGGCCUGUGCCUUUAUUUUAAAUACUGCAAUCAACUUCCUCAUUCAUGUACUCAUUAUUUUGCUUUCCUUGUUUAUCUAUAAUUGAAACAUUUAAAGGGACAUCCUUGGUUAAUUUUAUCCAGUUGAGUAAGUGGGAUCAUUCUCUCCCCAUCGGCUUUCUUUUAUUUGACUUCAUUAACAUAUACCCUGGUGACUGUCACCAAGGAGUUGUUCAGAUUCAGUCUUUCCUGCAAGAACUGUGAUGCUGAUUAUGAUGUGAUUUUGUUGGGUUUCAGUUAUAUAAGCAUGACUUUGAUUUUGAAAAUCAUUUCUCUCUUUUACGUAUUUCAAGCGUGUUUGCUUUUCUACACAUCACUGAUUUUAUUUAGGCUUUUAUUCUUUAAGGACUAUAUUCAGCUGGUCACUGCAAUGGAUCCCUUCUAUUCAAAGUAUUUGUUUGAUUUAAAAAUCAUUGUAAAAUUAGCUGAGUAUGCCUUCAGCUGGCGUUUCCCCUAAGCUUGUCAGCGCAUGGCUGUUACAUUCAUACAUGAGCGUAAGUAUUUAUCCUAAUACACCUUUGGCUGACAUCUUUAAACAUUUCCAUUAUGUUUCAGUAAGUGAUACUCCAAUGCAGUACACACUUUUUAAAAUCUUUUUUUCACUGGAUAUUUUGGUGAUUGAAAGCACUGGAUGCAUGUUACAUGACGGAUAAGAAUAGCAAAAACGAAAGGAAGACAGUCCCAGCGGUGUGCUCAUGCCAGACUAAGACACUGGAACAAAGAGAAAAACACCAAUGUUUCCUAAGACACACUCACUACCUUCCCUUGAUUUUUUCUCUCCUCCCCUCAACCAUGGAAAGCCGUGUUUUUAAGUCAUGGGUAGUCAACCUGCUCUUUCCUGCAGGCGUGAGAAAUUGCAACGGGAAGCAGGCAGGGCAGAGCCCCGCCGGGCGUGAGAAAAGUCACCCACAGACCACGGCAGAAACUCACAGCCGAAUACGAUUUGCCAAAUAGGAAGGAAGUCGGUUUAUACAUUUCAGUUUUGGGCUAUUUUUUGUGGUACUGUAUAUUUGCAGAAGUUUAAGUGGAAAGUUUGUACUUCUAUUGUAUAAUUAAGUUUUAAUACUCUAGCCCAACAAAAUAUCAUUAUAUCAUGGGCAUUGCAGCCUUUGUUUUUUUUUCUUUAGUCACUUCAAUAUCUAGUCCUAUGCUGUAUCUCAGCCUGUCUAAGUGACAUUUGGGAACAUUUUCCAACUGAUCUGUUACAUGGUGUAUAUGCUAUGUUCUUUUAGUGUGCAAAUUGAAAGUACAAUAGAUUUGUCCACAGAGGUGUUUCUGCACAGUGCCCCUACCUAUUUGAAAACAUGCUUGCCCAAAACACUGUGAAACGGUUACAAAAAUUUGUACAAAUUUGAUUCUUUCUAAAAAGAACAAGUGACUUUCUUUACAUAAACAUAUAAAAAAACGUGCUUCUAUAUCUGGAUCUAAAUAAGACAUCUAAGAGUAUAGUGGUGAUAAUUUCCUUACUGACCAAAAACUGCCAGAGCGUGAUAGGGGCUAUGUGCUGUCAAAAAUACGCCGCUUAUAACAGACUGAGGUGUGGAGUCAGUGAAUCUGCAUCCAGAGUCUAGCAGGCUCACUAUCAGAGAGAAUUUCAAGUUAACAUACUCAACUUUAUCAUAGUUGAUGAGUUAGUAAAUUUAAAAAAUGAUUUUAUAUGUAUGACAUAAAAAUCUUUGUAAAAUGCGCAAGUGCAAUAAUUUAAAGAGGUCUUAACUUUGCAUUUAUAAAUUAUAAAUAUUGUACAUGUGUGUAAUUUUUCACGUAUUCAUUUGCAGUCUUUGUAUUUAAAAAAAACAUUUACUGUUAUGUUUGUAUAAUAGAACAGUAGCCAUUUAUUAUAACCCUAAACAAGUUGUAAAUAAAUUCAUAAUUCAAACAGCCAGUAUAUAUGCAUAUAUGGGUGUUAUAUUGCAAAAUCUUUGUCUUACUUACAUUCUUAGCACAGCAAGAAUUCUUUUGUCAAUAUGUAAUUACACAUAUAAAGUAUAUAUAUGUAUCAUACAUGAAAUAUAUAGAGAAAUGUUCAUACUUUUAAUGGAUAUCCUUUGGUGUGAAUAAUUGAAUACAGAGUUUUUAAAAUA